AUGAAUAUGAUCGCAAAAGAUUGGAUGAAGUCAAAGAGCGCUCAUGAAAGAAGCUUGAUGAUUCGACGAGCGCAGAGUGCACGCAUAAUCAUUAUUUGUUCAUAUUGUAUAAUGGGAACAGCAUGUUUCUUUGUCGUUGUAUUACCUGCUUUUGGAAUGUCAAUGAGACUCACUCCCAACAUUACUGAUCCAGGAAAACCAAUGCCUUUACAGACCUAUUAUAUUUAUGAUAUAACAAAGAGACCGCAAUAUGAACUAACAUUUAUUAGUCAAGCUAUCUAUGUAUCUAUUGCCAUGAUGUCCUACACUUCAAUAGAUAAUUUUCUCAGUCUCCUGAUUUUUCACAUGUGCGGUCAAUUAGAUAUUCUUAAGAAUCGUUUAAUACGUUUGGAUAAAUAUAUGAAUUAUCAUAAUAUGUUAAAAUAUCUUGUAACAAAGCAUAUCCGUUUACUUAGAGCUAUUGAUAUUAUUGAAGAUACAUACAAUAUGAUACUUCUCUCCUUAUUUAUAUAUUUUGCAAUUCUGUUUGCUUUCUAUGGAUUUCGAAUGAUUAGCCUGUUCGACGAAGAAAGUGAUACAUCGCUCGUUCAUAUAAUAUAUUUUGCAUCCACUGUUUUCAAUAUAUUUGUACACAUGUGUUUAUAUUGCGUUCUCGGCGAAAUGUUGGUGGCCCAGUGCAAUAAGAUUUAUCAUGCAGCAUAUAGUAAUCAAUGGUACAUCAUGGAUCUAAAAUUUACACAAGAUUUAUUAUUUUUAAUGACAAGAGGUUCUAAACCAAUUUAUCUCACGGUUGGGAAAGUCUUUCCUGUUACAAUGACAACAUUUUGCGGUUUAAUAAAAACAUCGGUUGGUUAUAUAUCUGUUUUGCAUACAAUGAGAAGCUGA